ACCACGACGCCCUCUGACGCUUGGCGCGGGAACGGAAUGAGAAGCCAGAUUCUGAUCAGACUGAUAAGCGCUUUUUCGAACAGUCAGACAGCCACCCAGAUAAUUCAACAGGCGGCUGGCUACACCUGGCAGUCCCGACUCCCGAGUGAUGCAUCUGUAACGGGGGAGAGACUAGCAGUCCUGGGCUGGCUGAACGUCCAGCCAGCAUAGUAGCCCACUACAUCGCCACAGCCUCUGUCAUUAUCAUGGUCAACUAAACAGUGUUAACACCACUGGAUUUAACGACCGAAAUGGAUACUAUCGGGGUUUCGUUUUUGGACCCCCUUGACGACUACGAGAUCAUUCAUCGUAUUGGGAGUGGUACAUACGGAGAUGUGUUCAAGGCUCGGAACAUCAAGACCUCAGAAAUUGCAGCACUCAAAAUUGUAAAACUGGAUCCUGGUGAUGACAUCACGUCCAUUCAGCAGGAGAUCACCAUGAUGAAGGAAUGCAAGCACAAGAACAUCGUGGCCUACUUCGGGAGCUACCACAGGAACACUAAGCUAUGGAUCUGCAUGGAGUACUGUGGGGGCGGCUCGCUACAGGACAUCUACCACGUGACCGGACCAUUGAAGGAGAAACAGAUCGCUUAUGUAUGUCGGGAAACGCUCCAGGGCCUGUACCAUCUCCAUGAGACGGGCAAGAUGCACAGGGACAUUAAGGGAGCCAACAUCCUGAUUACAGACAGAGGAGAUGUCAAACUGGCUGACUUUGGCGUUGCCGCUGAGAUCAGUGCUUCUGUUGCCAAGAGGAAGUCUUUCAUUGGCACUCCCUACUGGAUGGCUCCAGAGGUGGCGGCGGUGGAGAAGAAAGGGGGCUAUAACCACCUGUGUGACAUCUGGGCCGUGGGCAUCACCGCUAUAGAGCUGGCAGAACUGCAGCCCCCCAUGUUUGAUUUACACCCUAUGAGGGCUCUGAUGCAGAUGUCCAAGAGCAGCUUUCAGCCUCCAAAACUCAAAGACAAGAGCAAAUGGUCUGCUGGGUUCCACAGCUUUGUUAAGAUGGCGCUCAUCAAGAAUCCUAGGAAGAGGCCGACGGCAGAGACACUCUUGCAGCACCGGUUCGUGACGCAGCUGUUGACCAGAAACCUGAUUAUUGAGCUGCUGGAUAUGGCCAACAACCCAGACCUGCACAACACACACGACGACGACAAUGACCUGGAGAGUGGAGAUGCAGGCCCAGAUAAGAUCCAGUCGGAGGGGAAACACUUGUCAGUUGCCAGGACGCUGUCUGAAGAGCAAUUUGACCAGGUGAAGUUUGGCUAUCCACGCAGGAAGGAGAUGGAACCAUAUCCUGACCUGGGAUCCUAUGACGACUGGAGUGUUUCUGGAGACGAGGCGGAAUCACCGAGUCUGCUGGAAUGCGUGGAGGAGGCUCUGCAAGAGAGAAGUCUAACUAUCAAGCGAGUCUUCUCUUCUGAGUGGGGUAAAGCAGGCUUCCGGCGUAGUGGUCUGUUUAACCCCCCUCCCUCCUCCACCACGGCCUCCCUGCCCGCCUCGGGCUGCUACCCCCCCAGCCUGGACGAGAGAGACACGCUCACACUGAAGGCCAGCGCCACGCUGGGGCCUGACCCCCCCUCCAGGCCACUAUCAGUCCUGUCCAGGUGCUCAGCUAGUGAGGAUGUACGGGACUGGUGCAACGACCUCUCCAUACCUGAAGAGGGCGAUGGAGAGCAGGCGGAGAAGAGCUCCGAGCAGGAGCAGGAGCAGGAGCAGGAGAACGAGCAAGGCAGCUCUCCCCCCAAAGACACGGCCCUCUCCCCAGAGUGGAGCACACUCCGGCGGAAGAGAGAGGAGUCGAGUGCAGAGUGUCACGGGCUGCCUCCAACUCCCCAAGUACAUAUGGGAGCGUGUUUCUCUAAGGUGUUCAAUGGCUGCCCACUGAAGAUCAACUGCGCUGUGACGUGGGUGUUCCCAAAGACUAGAGAUCAGUACCUCAUCUUGGGCUCUGAAGAAGGCGUCUACACCCUGAACCUCAACGAGCUGCAUGAAGAUACACUUGAAAAGCUGCUGCCUCAGAGGUGUACAUGGCUGUACAUCAUGAACAACGUACUCAUGACGGUCUCAGGGAAGUCGUGUCAGCUGUACUCCCACUGCCUGCCUGCGCUGUUUGAUCAGCGCUCCACCAUCCAGAAGAAACAGAGCCACUCACUAUCCCUCUCCACCAACCGCUUCACAGAGCGCAUCACACACAGGAAGUUUGCUGUGUCAGUGAAGAUCGCAGACACCAAAGGAUGCCGGAGGUGCAGUGUAGCGCGUAACCCGUAUACAGACAGCACGUUUCUGUGUGGGGCGGUCCCAUCAGGCCUUGUGCUGCUGCUGUGGUAUGACCCCCUGCAGAAGUUCAUGCACCUCAAGCAUAUAGCCAUGUCUCUGCCGGAGUGUCUUCCUGUGUUUGAGCUGCUGGUGGUGGUGACAGAUGAGUUCCCCCAGCUGUGCGUGGGGGUCAGGGAAUCUUCUAGCAACGCCGACGCCACCACCACGGCCACGGCCGCCCUCACCAACUCUAGUGACACUCAGGAGGAUGCGACCACAGGACACACACUCCAGUUCGACAUCGUACCCCUGAACGGCUUGCCCAGCUCGCAGACAGACUCUAAGCCAGUGGAGGCUAUGGAGGUGACUCAGCUGGAUAAGGACACCAUUCUCAUCGCCCUGGACAAGACGGUGAGGAUAGUGAACCUGCAGGGUCGGCCCACCAAAGAGCUGGCCCCGCUGCUAGACUUCAGCUUCCCCAUCCAGACACUGGUGUGUUUACAAGACAGUAUUCUGGCCUUCUGGAAACAUGGACUUCAGGGAAGAAGCCUACAAACCAAUGAGGUCACACAGGAGAUUACUGAUGAGAGUCGCGUAUUUCGAGUUCUUGGGACAAGCAGGGACAUUGUGCUCCAGAGUAUCCCAACAGAGGACCCGUCAGCUGCCAGCAACCUCUACAUCCUCGCAGGCCACGAGAGCAGCUACUGACCCUCCCGGGAUGGAGAGAAUAACAGAAUAGAGGUGGAGAGAAGAAAGGAAGAGAGAAGAGACAAGAGAGGGGGAGAGAUGGAGAGAACAACCAUGGACCCCCUGGGGAUGAAGAGAAUAAAUGAAGAGAGGGAAAGAGGCGGAGAGAAGAAAGGAAAAGAGGAGGAGAGAUGGAGAGAACAUCUACUAACCCCAGGGAUAAAGGGCAUAAGAGGUAAAGAGGUGGAGAGAUGGAGAGAGCAGCUACUGACCACGGAGAUGGAGAAAAUGAGAGAAACAGAGAUGGCGAGUCUUAAACAGAUAAGGAGGAGAGAUGGAGAGAGCAGCUAGUGACCAACAGGAUUGACAGAAUAAGAGAGAAAGAGAUGGAAAACAGAAGACAGAAAAAGAAGGGGAUAGGAAAAGACAACAAAGAAGGGAUGAAAAGAGUGAAAAAGGGAAACAAAAAACCAGCGAUAACAGAUGGGGUGUGGAACCAAACAUUUUCUAGAAGAGUAAGAUAUGUCAAGACCGUACUUUUCCGGGAUCCAAGUGACGUCAAGUGAACGCCCCUUUAGGAGACCUAUUUAGGAGUGUUUUGGUUGUGAAAAAAUGGAGUUACCUUAGCACUGUAGAUGGCAGUAGCGCACAUCUUAUGCAAGCCACCACCAAACGCCACAGAAAGAGAAGAAGAAGGAGGGAACAACACCCCCUUAGGAGACUGAACUUGAGCACACUCCUUUGCAUUGGAUUGGAGUUUGACUUAUCUUACUUUACUAAAGUAUGUUUGGUGGAACUGUGGGAUGGAGAGUAAGCCAGGAGGUGGACUGUUGGAGGCUCUGUUGGUGUGGACGAGUUUUGGGAGCUGAUGAUGACAACAUUGCAUUGCACUCAUACCCCUACCACUCUGAACAGAGAGAGAGAGAUAGAAAGAGAGAGAGAGAGACACACACACACACACACACACACACACACACACACACACACACACACACACACACACACACACACACACACACACACACACACACGCACACACUCUCACACACACACACACACAAACUCUCUCUCUCUCUCUCUCUCUCUCUCUCUCUCUCUCUCUCUCUCUCUCCCGCACCUAUCCCCUCCACUCUCUCCUCCAAGCAAUGCGCACAAAAUCCAUGACUUCAAUCAGACACCUGAGGAAGUUGUUCGGAUGAAGAACUACAUGUCUUUCGUCUUCAAGAAGUCCAGUUUCUUACAAGUGAACUCUUUGGCUAUAUGACCUAUAGAAAUGGGAAAGUUGGGACCAUAGUAUCAUGUCCACACAUA